CUUCUGUGUCUACAGUGUUGGGCCAGUGUCUCUAAAGGCCCAGAGCCCCUGGGGCUGACCAGCAGCUGCACCCACCACCCCCGAACCCAGCCUAAUAAGGAAUUUGAGUCAUCAGAGCCUUUCCAUGCCCAGACCUGGCUGGUUCAGCUUGUGAGUGUGAGCAGGGUACCCAGGAAGACCGAACGUGGACCAGAGGGGACUGAGACCGUGAUGUCAGCUCAGGAUCUCGUGGCCUGCCUCUGUCAGGAGGGGGACAAGCAUCUGGCCCUGGGGGAGCUGCCCUUAGCCACAGCUUUCUACCUGGCUGCCUUCAGUUGCCAUGCCCCUUCAGCUGUACGGCAUGUACGGGCUGUCCUGACUGAGUCUCCAGGGGCACCUGUGGUGGCCACCCUGGAGGCCUGGUGUCGUGGGAACAGCCAGAUCCCUGCUAUCCACUGGGAUGGCAUGGCGGUGGUCUCCCUGACUGGAACACUGGCCUCUGCUUUUCUUGGUGCCAUUUGCCCGGAUCACCCUGCUACUGUCCUGUACCCUUUGGCUGGCCUGCUGGCCCAAGGGCGUCACGUGGAAGUGGUGCAGCGCUGUAAUACACUGUUGGAUGCACACUCCCAGCAGGCCCUGGAGCUGCAGCUGAUGCGGGCCCUGGCCUGGGUCCUGUCUGUGGACCAGGCCAGAGAAGGCAUAGCUGCCUAUCUUCAGAACUUUGCCUCCAGCGCAGACCGGACAGUGGCCUUCAUCCGUAGCCACCAGCAGCCCUACCUCCCCAGGCUGCUUGGUACUCUCCAGAACUACCUCUCAGGACACCUGAAGACCAGCGCCAGCCAGCAAGAGGCCAACUGCCGGGGACUUCUGGAGGCCCUGGACCCCAGAGGCAGCUGGAUGGGUGCCAUGUCACCGGAAGCUCUGCUUCAUAGAGGCAGGUUUGAGGAUUGCCAGGCAGCGUGCAGCCGGGACCUUCAGCCUGACUCAACAGGAAGUAGACCCCAAGGUGAGCACCUGGCCGCCCUGCUGGUCACCCGCGCGGCCGCCACUUUCUUCCAGGAUGGCCCAGUCGGGGACAUGCUGCGGGACCUACAUGAGGCCUUCAGCGAGAGCCCCAUUGGCGCGCGGAGGCAGUUCCAGGCCCUGCUGUCCUCCGAGGACCGCGAACGCCUGCAGGCACAGGCAAAGGAGGCCGCGGACCUGGGCUUCGCCCGCUUCCUGGAGGCUGUGAGAAGCCGGGUCGAGCUGCGCCGGGAUGCGGACCGCGAGCUCUUGGUUCCCGUGACCCGCGCGCUCCGCGUCCUGCUCCGCGUGGCACCCGCCAGACGGCGACCUGCGCUGGGCACCCGCCUAGCAGAGUGCCUGCUGCUGGCCGGGGACGUGGCGGGAGCUCGCGCGCAGUGCGAGCGCCUCCUCCGGCCCAGGCGUCCGGGAGAGCGCGCGGGCAACCACACCGGAGAGCACGCGCCGCUGCUGGCGCUGCGCGGCUUCUGCGCGCUGCACGCGGGCGAUGCGCAACGCGCCCGCGAGGACUUCCAGGCGGUGGUGGAGCGCGCGGCGCCGCACGCGGGAGGCUGCGUGCGCGCGCUGUGCGGUCGAGGGCUGCUGCGGGUGCUGGCGGGCAGCGCCUUCCUGGGCGCGCUAGACUAUGUCACGGCUUGCCGGCUGCGGCCGGAGGAGGCGCUGCUGGUCGCCAAGGCCUACGUGCCCUGGAACCAGCGAGGGCUGCUGCUGACUGUGCUGCGGGAGGAGGGCCGCAAGAUGCUGCUGCGCUCGCCAAGCUAUGCGGUGAAGGCUGCGCAGGCGCAGGAAGGGGAUGCCUACGGUGUGUACCAGCUGGCCACCCUGUUAACGGAGAUGGAUGCAGGGGAUGAGACUUCCUGCCUCUUGGCGGUUGAUGCCCUGUACCGCUUGGGUCGCCUGGAGGAUGCUCACAAAUCCCUGCUGGUGGCUCUUUCCCGGAGGCCCCAGGCAGCCCCUGUGCUGGUGCGGCUGGCCCUGCUUCAGCUGCGGAGGGGCUUCUGCUAUGAUGCCAACCAGCUAGUAAAGAAGGUAGCCCAGUCUGGAGACACCGCCUGCCUCCAGCACACGCUGGACAUCUUCCGUCGUGAGGACCUGCAGCUGCUGCAAGACCACUGCCACACACGGGCAUUAAGCAUCCUUCGGGCACGGCCAGGUGGGUCGGACAGUGAGGCCCACACCAGGGAAGCCAUCGCCUACCUCUCUUUGGCCAUCUUUACUGCAGGGAGUAGAGCCAGUGAGUCCCUCCUUGUCCGAGCCCGCUGUUACGGGCUCCUGGGUCAGAAGAAGACCGCCAUGUUUGAUUUCAACUCUAUACUCCGGGAGGAGCCGGGGAAUGUGAAAGCUCUGUGCGGACGAGCUCUUGUGCAUCUGGCCCUGGACCAGCUGCAGGAAGCUGUGGAUGACAUGAUCUCUGCCCUGAAGCUUGACCCGGGUACUGUUAUCACUGAGAUCCUCUCCCUGAAGACAGAAGUUCAGUUGCCCCUGACCCAGGGCCUCUAUACCCGCUCCCGGGCCCUCCUGAACCAGUGUCUGGAUGCUGGAGUGCCCCUCAGGGAAGAGGACACCCAGGGCCUCCUGGCCACGGGGGAGGCACUGAUUAGAAUCAAUGCUGCACAGAGCAGUUGGCACUUGCUUCUCACAGACAUCCUCACAGGGCUGGGCAAGUAUCAGGAGGCUGGCACCCACUUACAAGAAGCGCUACACCUCACUCCAUCAUCAGAGGCUACUCAGGCCCGGCGAGGCUUGCUCCAGCUUAAAAAGGGAGAUGUGUCAGCUGCUGCCCGUGACCUGCGGUGCCUGGCAGAGAUAGACACUCAGGACCUCAGCUUCCUGUUGCGUCUCCUUGAAUCCGCAGAGCGGCAGAGUCUCAUGCAGACCGCUGCCAAGGAAGCAAGCAACCUCUUGGAUUUAGGGAAUCCGGGGCAGGCACUGAGCUACUGUUCUUUGGCCAUCCUGGCGGGAGGCAGCAGUCCUUACCACCUGCGUCUCCGAAUGGCCUGCUUGACCCAGCUGCAGGAGUAUGACCGGGCACUCAGGGACCUGGACCGGGUGCUGUAUCAGCCUACAGAGGACAGCGACCUGCCGAGACGGACAGAGGAUCUCUGCACCCGGGGUCGCCUGCUUCUGAGCCUGGGCGAUAAGGAUGGAGCCGCGGGGGCCUUCACCCAAGCUUUGGCCCUGGCACCAGCCCAAGCUCAAAGCAGCCUGUUGGAGCAACCAGGCCGGGCCACGACAGCCAGUGUGUUCCUGAUCCAUGGCCAGCGCUGCCUAGAGAAACAGCACUUUGAGGAGGCCUGGACAGCAGUCCGGAAUGGACUCCUGGUGGACCCCAGCCACAGUGGGCUAAAGAAAUUGAAGCUGAGGACUCGCAAGGAGGCGGCCUCUGGCUGCAGACUACACUAACCAGUGGCUAACUGCUUGACUCCUCGACCAGCUCCUAAGUUCUCACCUAGGGUGUACCUGGCUCCCCAGAUCCAAGAGUGGCUCUCUCUGCUGGCCAUUUUUGCCUGUCCUUUGCUGUAGGAUUAGAGGAGAAACCUUCUCUUUGUGCAGAACAGCUGUCCUAGGUGGCUCACACACCCACUACCUUGGGCAGCCCCAGCGCUCUGCUCACACUUGGGACUCUGCCUUCAGAGCAGACACAGGCAGGAUCAGGGUUAGCACCUCAGGGCCUAGCAGGAGAGGUGCUGGCCCAGGGAGACCUCCCUGGGGAAGAGGAGGCUGCUUAGAGCAGGCCUGGAUUUGUUCCCACAUUAGCCAAGGUCCAGAUUCCUGGCUGCCUAUGUGCAGCUGACCUUUCAAGGUUGUUCUCCAGGAACCCAGUGACCGAACGUGCCAAACAGGCACAGCCCGGACAGCCCCUUCCCUCCACCAAGCCCUGAACCCUCAUAAGGUUGAGAGACCCCAGGCUUCCACUGGGCCUGCGCCUGUCCAAGAGGUCAGCCUGAGAUUUGGUGCAUCCGAGCUGAGACAGCGUUACGUGGGCAAACUUCCCAUCCAUUCUUAUCCCUGCCAGUGAGGCUCCAGCCUGUCACCUUUACUACCACCAUCACCAAAACUGUCACAGGGGCCAGGCUGGAGUACUUUGCUCUCUCCCCACAAUGGGCAGGACUGCUUGGUAUGGCGUGGCAAACCCCUUCCUGGCUUCUCCAGUGGGGGUAAGGGCAGGGUCUGAAUUCUGAGACUUCCCCCUCUGCCCCGGGCUGCCUUCCAUGACCCUUCCUCCUGCUGUCUUUUUAACACCAUGGAAACCCACAUCUCACCUCCUACACAGACUGACCCCAUGCUCAGAUACAGGAUCCCUGGUCCUGCCUGUCCCUGGGCAGUGAUGAAGUGACUGGGUAGGAUUAGCAGCCCCCUUCCUGUGAAAAGGACUCCUAAUAACUCCCACCUGCCUUGUCGUCCCUCCAUAGUGUGGGAGCCCUCCUUCCUGUUGCUGUAAUACCUGAGACCUGCCAAGCUAUGCCUCCAUGUAUUCCACAGGAGGACCAGGAAGAGCAGGGAGCCCAGAAAGACUCCUCUGUGAGGCACACCCUGGUUCCUGCCCUCCUUCCCCACCAUGAUCUCUAGAAUAACCUAAUGCACGUCUCCACAAGGUUACCCUUUCACCCACCCACCUCACAUCCAUCUCUCCACUUGUGCAUCCCUUGGCACUGUACACACUUGCAGACACCCAGCAGCACCAAGGUCAAACUGUUGGUCACCUGGGUGUGGCCUGCGCAUCCCACUGCCACUUUUGCUUUUCAGCCUAAGGUGUCCUGCUCAUCCACUCCUGGAUGCCCCAGCCCUUGUCAUUCCAAAUGCGAAGGUACUCAGACCUGGCAGAGCUCUUCCCAGCCACCAGGGGCAUCACCCAGCACCUCCUGAUCUCCCAAGGUCUUAGCACGGGCUCACGAGCACACACAUACGCACACGAGCUCCCCUCACCCCCAAUCUCUUACUGCUGCUGGCCUGGGACUUUGCUGCGGUCUGAAUGUGUACCCAGAAUCCGUGCACUGAGAUCCCACCACCAAUGGGACGUUAGCAGAGGAUCUUGCAGGUGGGGAGGAGUUAGGUUGUGAUGGUGGAGCCGUAAAGAACAGGAUCCGUGGCUUGGAAGACCCUUCAGCCCACCCACGUAUAAGAACGGAGUUUGGGAAUGUCACCUACAAACCAGGAUGCAGGCCUGUCCCUGUAUACCUACCAGGGCUUAGCCUUGGACUUCUACCUCCACAGCCAUGAGAAAUAAAUCUCAAUAAGGUUCCCAGCCUA